CGACGGGGACACCUGUCCUAUACGUGGCAAGCUCGCCAUGCUGGCGUUUGAAUUUUGCUUUGUACAGAAGACGCUCUCUAGUCUGUGUUUCGGCAUUUUGGCAUUUUUAAAAAAUAAAUAUUUGUUAAAUUGUGAGCGAAUGACAGAGGAAGGUGGUCACAAAUCUGCAGAGCUUAGCAGAUUAGCCAACUCUUCCAUUUGUGUGUAUUUGUUCCAACAUGCGCUGAAUAGUAUGUGUGAAUUCUCAGUUUAAACUGGGACACAACCUUCCUUUUUCUUCUCCUCUUCUCUUGCCUCUUGGUCUCGUUUUCGAUGCUGCAGCUUGUAGGUCGACCUUAUCUUAAAAACUUGUACAAGGGCUUAGUUUGAUCGAGAUUAACGUUUUAGCAAUUUAGCAUUUGAGCAGAACUUGAGUUCCCAGGACCAAGCAAGAAGAAAGAAAUGGUGGUGGCAGAGGGGGAAGUGGACUCGUCAUUAAAGUCAGACCAAACACUAAAAAACCAAGCAAUGUCAUCUCUUGGAAGACAGUCUUCAAUAUAUGCUCUCACACUUGACGAGUUCCAGCACAGGCUAUGCGAAGAAGGCAAGAAUUUCGGGUCCAUGAACAUGGACGAGUUUCUCAGUAGCAUCUGGAACGUGGAAGAAAACCAAACCAUCAACAACAGCAAUUCCGAUGACAAAGGCGCAAGAAAGCAGCCAAGCCUGUCUCGCCAGGGCUCUCUCACCAUUCCAACUCCACUCUCUAGAAAAACAGUCGACCAAGUCUGGUCUGAGAUACACAACCAGACCACCUACAACAAUGGUGAUGCUAACAACAACGUUCGGAAUUCCGAGUCUGCCCCACGCCAGCCCACUUACGGGGAGAUGACUCUGGAGGAUUUCUUGAUUAAAGCAGGGGUAGUUCGGGAACCAAAUCCUAUGCCCGCUCAGUACGGGCUGUACCCUCAUAACAAACCCGCAACGGGACCGACUUUCAUCGGAUACGCCGGAAAUGGCAAGAGGGAUGCUUCCGGGUAUCCUCCUCCUGGGGUCUGCUACGGUGGCGGUGGGUACGGUGUGGCGCCGGUGAGCCCUGUGUCAUCAUCGGAUGGGAUGGCGGCGAGGGAGAACGCCGGCGGAGGACAGUACGGGAUGGAGAUGGGGAUGGUGAGAGGAAGAAAGAGGAUCAUGGAGGGACCAGUGGAGAAGUUAGUGGAGAGGAGACAGAGAAGGAUGAUUAAGAACAGAGAAUCAGCAGCAAGGUCCAGAGCCAGAAAACAGGCAUACACCGUCGAGUUGGAAGCAGAACUGAACCAGCUAAGGAAUGAGAAUGCCCAGCUCAAACUUGCUCUGGUUGAGCUCGAGAGGAGAAGAAAGCGGCAGUGUCUGGAGGAACUGAAGAAUAACGACUCGAGGAAGGGUCAGACCAAAUCUCAAAAGGCACAACACAAAUUGAGAGCUCUGAGAAGGAACCAAAGUUGUCAUUUGUGAUCGCCAGCUCUCGCACCCUCUUAGGUGCUUGACCAUGGGCGAAUCUAGACUAGCCUGAAUCAUUGUUGUACCUGAAAGAUGAUCUGUCUAAGAUACCGGAUGCGUAAGAUAAAAAAAAGUUGUCAUUUGUGAAGAAGCUGCAUGGCAACCAUUAAUUAUAUAUAUACACACACACACACACAUGUAUAUAUAUUCGAUAUCAGUAUUCAGGUCAACCGUGGACAAGUAUUGUAUGAUAAACAUAUAAUGGUGAAUGACAUAUUUUCAAUGCUU